GACUAGCAGGGUACAGACACUAUAUAUUGAUUUCUUCAAAGGUUGUUAGAUAAGAACAGUCGUCAUUACCAACGAGGACAGUUAGUAUAUUGAGGGGCUCUAGAGAUUUCAACUUAGUGAACAAAACAGAAUAUUCGUAAUAUUGGACGAUGAAAAUAGUUAACUUUUGCUACAUUUAAAACAUGUACUGGUAACUUGUUAUAAUAUUUAACAUGGCUGAACAGGGAGUGUGUAGUAUUUGCUUAAAUGAUUUUCACCAAGCGGUAAUGCUCAACUGUGAACAUUCGUUCUGUUUCAUCUGUUUAGAAGAUUAUGUGAACAAAAUCGCCACUAAUGACCACUUCCCGUGCCCUUUGUGUCGUGCCGAAUCUUCAUUACCAGAGGGUGGAGUGAAGGAACUGAAACCGAAAGUAAAUAAUAACAUUCCACAAUGUGACGUUUGUAUAAAUAGUUUAUCUAAAUUUAGUUGUAAAGAUUGUCAACAAUAUUUAUGUGACUCUUGUAAAACGAUGCAUGGUAAAUUAAAAGUCUGUAAAGAUCAUAUUGUCGUUAGAUACGAGGCAUCAAUGACUUCUAGAACAGAAUCAGGGGCAAAUAACUCUGUGACAGAAGACGUGACGACAUCUGAAUCCAGUCCACGUGAUGUCUGUUCAAAUCAUCGACAAUCGAGUGUAACAUUUUACUGUAAAGAUUGUUCGAUGGCCAUUUGUUGCUAUUGCUAUGUCAUUUAUCAUAAUGGACACCAAUUCUUAAAUUUACAUGAUGACAGAGUAAGAGAAGAAAUUAAAGGAGAAUUAAAAACAUUAAAUGAAGAAAUAAAAACCCACAUCGAUCAACUUGAAAACUUCAGUGAACGUUUAAACCUGAAGUACAGUGAAGUGAAUGAUUCGGUGAAGACGGAAUGUGACAAGAUUGAUGAACAGGUCGCUAAAAUUUGUAGAGAAGUGAGAGAACUUGGGGAGCGUAUGAAAAAACAAAUGAAAACAUCCUGUGGCGAAGAUAUAUGUGAUACUGUUGAUGGAAAACUCAGAAAAUUGAUGGAGGAUAUUAAAAGACAAACUGAAGAUUUAAAAGCUAGUGUUAAAUAUUCAGUGAAUGUUUUAGAAGAUUCGUCCAUUGUUCAAGUUUUACAAAGAUUCCCUAAAGUUAGACAGGAGAAAGAUGAAAAUUGUUGUAGAAAAUUGGAUAUACCUGAUGUACGAUGUUCAACAUUUCAAGUAGCAGAGAUAGAUAAAACUUUGUUAACUAAUCAACUUGGCAAAAUUGUAAGCUGUCAACCGAAUAUGAUUGAAGAUAUUUUUAAUGUGGAUACUAUGAGGAAUAAUGGUGUGUGUGAUGGUAAACAACAUGUAGUUUCAGGUUUUACAUGGUUGACACGUGUGUAUAAAACAUUAUCAUCAUUAGGUCGAUUUAAAUUAAUCCUGGAUGACGUAGAAGAUAAAAGUAUUACGUCAUGUAAAGUUGACAUCACAUAUAAAGUUAUAAAUAAAACAGAUGAUAGACAAUCUGUAGUUAAACAAUGUAAUGGGACUGUUGGACCUGGUUGGUCACUCUGUUAUACUGAUAUUAUUGACUUGAAGAGACUCAGUGAUCCUGUCAGUGGAUUUAUUGAUGACCAUAGAAACUUUACAGUUGAAGUAACAUAUAAUAUAAUAACUGAUAUUACAAGACGUGAAUAAUUAGACUACUGUUAUUCUGAUUAAAACUAAUAAUUGAACUUAUGUCUGAAUUAUCUUUAAAUAAUCUGAUUAUUAUGAUGUAACGUCCACUUCGGUGGAAGCGGAAGUUAAAUAAAGCUAUUUCACACAAAUAUGAUGUAAGGGAGAUAACCUAUUUUCUUCCGAACUUAACAUUUUCAAACGUUACUUAAUGACCUAUGAUAUGAAUGUUUUCAAUUUUUAUUGCACAUUAUAACGAAUGUUGAACCUGGUUGUUGAUGAAUGUGUUUUAUUGAUCGUAUUGACUGAUCAUAUUUCAAUAAUAAUAAUAACUGUCCGUCAUUCCUUGUGGAUAUGACAGAACGAUUUCUGAUAUGACCCUUAAUCAUGUGGCUCAUUGUGUAUGUUGACGAAUAUGUUGAGGCACUUUUACAGACAGAGAGGGAGAGGGUUAACGUCAACUCAACACAAACUAAGUCAUUUAGCGACUAACAUAUAGUGACCUCUUUUCAAUAAUUCACUUGCGUGUAGUGGUCUUUAGCAAUUUGAGGAAACAGGAGGAUCCACAAGGUUUGACAGGGUAACAUCUUCCAAUCACCUGUGAUAUUAAUGGACUAAUGAUAAUACAGUCAGUAUAACCACAGGGACCAUACCAACUCAUUCUAAUGAUUUCCAGGUAACAUAAUAAAAACAAUUUUAAUCAAUAAACUAGUAUGACCAUAUUUGUAGGUAUUUUAAUGUCUUGUCACAUACCAAUAAGUAAAGGGAUAGAAAGACAAUUUUCUGGAUAUUUCUGACUGGUAGAAAAAAUGUCAUUGGAAUUGAUAUUUCAACCAAUCAUGUACAAUCAUGUAGUGUAUCUAACAGAUAGGGAAGCUGGAGUUUGACUUAUUGAAUGCUUGACGAGGUGUCCUGUACAUGUCAGGCCUAAUGUCAAAACGAUUGUGAAUGAUAUUGAUUUAUAUCUCAGUUAUACAGUAUAUUUUCAAAUGGUAAAGGGUCGGGGGGAUGGUCGUGCACUUCAGAUCAUAAGGUCUUUCCCCCUGCACUUACUAUUGAGACAAGUGAUUUCGAUCCCAAGCUUGUAGGGAAACCUGCCGAACCUUGUGUUUUUUCUCUGGGUCUUCUAGUUUCUGCCUACUGUUAAAAACCCUUACACGUAAACAGAUUAAUGAAAUAAAAAUGUACUGUAAAUGUCAGUCCCGAAAUGACCUGACUUGUGUAGAGUGGUCGUAAACCCCAUUUCUUUAGCUCUCUAAUACUAAGUGCAGGAGAACCGAGCCACAGAAACCAAUAAAGACAAACCUGUGGACACAACACAUGGAUAUAAUACUAAGUACAGGAGAACGCACCACAAACAAACAGAAACCAAUAAAGACAAACCUGGGGACACAAGACACAGACAUAAUAGUAGGUGCAGGAGAACACACCACAAACAGAAACCAAUAAAGACAAACCCGUGGACACAACACACAGACAUAAUAGUAGGUGCAGGAGAACGCAUCACAAACAAACAAACUGAAACCAAUAAAGACAAACCUGUGGACACAAAACACAGACAUAAUAGUAGGUGCAGGAGAACGCAUCACAAACAAACAAACUGAAACCAAUAAAGACAAACCUGGGGACACAACACACAGACAUAAUAGUAGGUGCAGGAGAACGCAUCACAAACAAACAAACUGAAACCAAUAAAGACAAACCUGGGGACACAACACACAGACAUAAUAGUAGGUGCAGGAGAACGCAUCACAAACAAACAAACUGAAACCAAUAAAGACAAACCUGUGGACACAAAACACGGACAUAAUAGUAGGUGCAGGAGAACGCACCACACACAAACAGAAACCAGACAAUCCCAUGGACACAAGACACAGACACAGACAUAAUAGUAAGUGCAGGAUAACGCCAUUACACAUAAACAAACAGAAACCAAUAAAGACAAACCCGUGGACACAAGACACACAAUACACGGACAUAAUAGUAAGUGCAGAAGAACGCCAUUACACACAAAGAAAAUGAAAAGAUGUCAAUAUCUUUUAAUUUUGAUAUGUAUAUUUCAGUUGAAGAUCAUCAUCCAUUUCUUGCAACUAUUACUCCUGUCUGUUCAUAUUAAAAUACAAUGGCCGACUAAAGUUAUGUGGUUUGUUAGUAUGCUUGGUUUCGGAAGUUUUACUGCCAGUACAGUUAAAUUAAGAUGUCUGCUACCAAGAGGGAUGUAUGGAUAUUUUAUAGAAUGGGGUACAGCUAGUGGAAUACCUGCCUUCAUUAUCAUACCAGGUCUUAUUAUUAACCAAAGACGGCGAAAGACGUUUGUGAGUUUAGAAAUAGCCAAGUUUGAUGUAGAUCAGACAGUAAAGGAAAUCAUAACAUUACGAAGAUUUUUAUUCUUAAUUGCCGUUAUUUACUUCAUGCCAAUAACUUUAAGUGUCAUUCAUGCAUUUUCCUGUUAUUCUACAUUUGGAGAGGGAAUGAUAUUUAGAUUAAGUAGGAGAGAUGUAUUUCUGUAUGAUAAUAAUCAGGCUUGUGAUGAAAUCGUAUUUCAGGUGAUUCAUCUGUUGUUAAUCUUUCCUAUGAUGAUAUAUGUAGUUGUCCUACCAUUAUUCCUAAUACUGUUUACACUCAGACAGAGAAAAUGGGAUUUACUCGACAGAAAAGAAAGUUUCUAUGGGUUUGUGUAUGAAUCUUACACUAGAAGAUUGUGUUUUUGGGAAGCCAUACCGAUGUUGAGAAAACUAUUGGGAAUAUUGUUAACAGAUACUGUCCUUACACAUCCAUUUUAUCAGAUUUUUGGACAUCUAUGCUUAACUGGUUUCUAUCUGUUAUUAGUGAUAUUAUUUAGACCCUAUAGGAAUUUUUAUUGGAAAAACAGAUUUAUGAACAACCAUGUUAUUUUAGAUGUUGUAUGUAAUGUUGGUAUAGCAGUAUUACAAGGUGGUAGUUUAUUACUUGUAUUUGAUGUAUAUGAGGGAUUUAUAGACUAUUUAAUUAUUCUAACUAUAUGUAUUGUUAUUGUCUAUUGGAUCAUCUGUAUAUUCACCAGUCAGUUUGAAAAACAGAGACAUGUCGUAGUAGAGAUAACAAGAAGUGAUGCCAGUAUGAGUCAAGAUACAACUGAAGGUGACAGUGUGGAGAAUAUUCAGUUACAUCAGGUGGCUUCCAAAAAGAGUGUCAGUUUUACUGGAAAGAAUAAUAAAGUAGCCAACGGACCAGAUACUUUAGAGAUAACAAGAAGUGAUGCCAGUAUGAGUCAAGAUACAACUGAAGGUGACAGUGUGGAGAAUAUUCAGUUACAUCAGGUGGCUUCCAAGACGAGUGUCAGUUUUACUGGAAAGAAUAAUAAAGUAGCUAACGGACCAGAUACUUUAGAGAUAACAAGAAGUGAUGCCAGUAUGAGUCAAGAUACAGAGAAUGAUAUGUCUGAAGGUGACAGCGUGGAGAAUAUUCAGUUACAUCAGGUCGCUUCCAAGAAGAGUGUCAGUUUUAUUGGAAAGAAUAAUAAAGUAGCUAACGGACCAGAUACUUUUGAUUUCUAACUUGAUCUAAUGAAACAUGAAAUUGCUGAAAAUGAUGCAAAUAAUUUAAGAAGAAUAAUUGUCAUGUAUAUCAGUUAUAUCAUCAGAGAUAAAACCCUUGGAAGUCGCUCUUUUUAAUCCGACUGGGAGAUUAUCUACUGUUAAUAUUUUGAACUUGGUUUUCGCAAUAAAAUUAAAGAUACAUUGUGGAAGAUUAGAUAAUAGUAAAAAAUAUAGAUAUAUAUUUCACUUUGGACCGAGAAAACCUCAUUUUAAAAACACUGUAGCCUUGAUUGUCAUUGUUACCGCUAAUACGAUAAUGAAUAAAGUCACGAUUAUCCAUUUUUGCGGUUAAUCAUCAAUGGGCAUUAACAGCAGAUCGGAUUCAAAUCCAAUGAAAAUCGAACCGAUAAAUGUAUAAUUAAUAGUUUAUAUAACAUUAAAGGCCUAAAGAAAUACUUGCAAUAGGCAGAUUUAGCUCUUACAUAUGUUUAAUAAAGAGUAUAUUUUAGCUUUAAUGAUGCCAUGAACAAGCCUGUAAAGGCUAAGGCACCUGUGACAGACAAUGUCAGGCACAGAUUCAGGCUUUGUCAGACACAAAACCUCUGGUGCCUGUCAUUUUGUCCGGCACUGAUUUGUCUUUUUUAUUGAUAUUAUUAAUACAUGUCCGGCACUAAGUUGAAAAUAUCGGGUACUAUUACAUUAGUGCCCGAUAUUUUGUCAGGUACAUCUAGAACCGUUAUUUCCAGGCCUGGUCAUCAACAAUUAAGUUUAAUCAAUAUUUUAUUCAUUUGGAAAGAAUGUAACAACAGGCAAGUCCUAUAUAUGUUCUUUCCUAUAUUAAGAUUAAUAGUUUUUAAGCAUUUGUUUUAUUUGUUACCUUUAACUUUUAUUCAUGUAUGUAUAUUAUAUAAUGUUAACUGUUGAGAAUUGUUGUAUUUUAAUGUUUUAGUUUUAUAAUAAAUUGUUUUGUCAUA